AUUUGAUAGAUUUUAGUAGUUUCAAAAAAUCUAACCGAGACGGUUGGGAAUGUCUAGACUCAAGAAUGUUCCGAUGAAUCAAUUCAUAUUCAAUAUAAUAUACUUUUCAAUUGAAAAGGGCGUAUCUGCAAAAUAGCACAUUUGGGAUAUUUGUCUUUGAAGACUUUCAUUUCAUCCACAGAUUCAAUUGAAUUAAUAUGAAGAAAAAAUAAAUGAUAAUGCAUGUUAAUUAAAUUUAAUCUGUAGAUGGCACAAAUGAAAGUAUUUAAAGUUCAAUCAAUAUCCCAAAAGUGAUUUUUUGUAGAUACGCACGCACUUCUCAAUUCAAACGUCAGUAUAGAUUCAUCAUAUUCCAAUCUGAUCACGCUGAUGAAACUGUUGAAAUGAUGUUCGAUCAAUACAUUGCUUUCCGGAAAUAAAGAGGAUCUUAUACGAAUUCAAUACAGUAAUUACAAUAUCUUAUGCAUAAUGGACCUGUACUUAGCAACUCUCAUGCUUGUAGACACCUCUGAUAAUGCUUUGUCGGCAUUAUCCAUAACAGAAUUACGGUUCGUUUUAUGGGUCGGCUUUAAAAUUCAGUAAAGACGGAUAACUUUUUUGACCGUUAUGCAAAUUUAGGUAGCUAUUAUUUGAAAGCGUUGAAUAUUUUGCAAUAACCUGGACCACUUUAGGAAUCACUGGCCUGGCGUAUACCGAUGACGAAUACAAAAAUCACAUUUGGCAAAACCAGAGGCAACGCCGACAAAGUGGAUAUACAAAGGAUAAUAAUAAAUCUCGAAAAUAGACGUGCUCGUAGGGAAAUAAAAAUAAUUAUCUUGAAAGCGAUAAUAAACUAAUAAACUCUGAAGGGUGCGAUUUUCGACUGCCUUGAAGAUUUCAAAGGAAAGUAAAAUGAUUAUUGGUUCAUUUUUAUGGAAUUUUUACGAAGAUAUAUCUCUGUAUUUCCAAUCAAUUAUUUAGAUUCAUAAUAUUUUAUAUGUGGUUAUGGGAGCAAAUGUUCAAUUGUUGAAAGCACAUUAAAAAGACCAUCAAAAAUAUAAUAUACGUUUCAAUUGAAAAGGGCGUAUCUGCAAAAUAGCACAUUUGGGAUAUUUGUCUUUGAAGACUUUCAUUUCAUCCACAGAUUCAAUUGAAUUAAUAUGAAGAAAAAAUAAAUGAUAAUGCAUGUUAAUUAAAUUUAAUCUGUGGAUGGCACAAAUGAAAGUAUUUAAAGUUCAAUCAAUAUCCCAAAAGUGAUUUUUUGUAGAUACGCACGCACUUCUCAAUUCAAACGUCAGUAUAGAUUCAUCAUAUUCCAAUCUGAUCACGCUGAUGAAACUGUUGAAAUGAUGUUCGAUCAAUACAUUGCUUUCCGGAAAUAAAGAGGAUCUUAUACGAAUUCAAUACAGUAAUUACAAUAUCUUAUGCAUAAUGGACCUGUACUUAGCAACUCUCAUGCUUGUAGACACCUCUGAUAAUGCUUUGUCGGCAUUAUCCAUAACAGAAUUACGGUUCGUUUUAUGGGUCGGCUUUAAAAUUCAGUAAAGACGGAUAACUUUUUUGACCGUUAUGCAAAUUUAGGUAGCUAUUAUUUGAAAGCGUUGAAUAUUUUGCAAUAACCUGGACCACUUUAGGAAUCACUGGCCUGGCGUAUACCGAUGACGAAUACAAAAAUCACAUUUGGCAAAACCAGAGGCAACGCCGACAAAGUGGAUAUACAAAGGAUAAUAAUAAAUCUCGAAAAUAGACGUGCUCGUAGGGAAAUAAAAAUAAUUAUCUUGAAAGCGAUAAUAAACUAAUAAACUCUGAAGGGUGCGAUUUUCGACUGCCUUGAAGAUUUCAAAGGAAAGUAAAAUGAUUAUUGGUUCAUUUUUAUGGAAAAAAAUUUCGUUUUUCGUUUCUGCAAGAAUUCUGAAAUUUCAUAUUUUGAAAAUCUUGGGAGGGGUAAUUACUAUAUAAUACUAGUACUCUUCACUAUUUCUAUACGGUCUUGCUUACUGACUGACUGAUAUUUGUACGUUUUUGAGACUCAAUUAUUAAGUGAAGUUAGUGAAGGUGUUUGAAGUUUUUUUAUAAGUUAUAUUUGCCUUUGACCUAAGGACUUUUUGUUUAUUCAGUUAUUAAAGGUAAGAGCUUAAUAUACAAUUCGAUAUUUUUCAACCUUAAAAUUACUUUUUUGAAGAUAUAAAACUUGAAAACGAUUUAUAUUUGAAUGUAUUAGAUUUUUGUGUAUAACCAAUAUCGGGUGUUUCAUGUCAUCGUAUAUAGGCAAAAUCUCGCUCAUUUGACGAGAUAAUAAAAAAAUUUCUGUUACUAGGGCCUAGUAACAGUUGGAAUAAUACAGAUCUAUUCUGAAUUUCUCCAAGUGAAUAUUAGAACUCUGAAAAUAGACGAGCAGAUAAAUUCGAUUUUUUUAAUCUGAAGUUGGUUGUGUUGUGAAUAUUUCGGAGUGAAAACUUGUGUUUGAAUAUUUCGAUCUUUUUGUAAGGAAAGCAAAAAUGUUUGGUCUAGUUCAUUUUCCCGACCAGACUUACGGAAUAUAUUCAAUGAAAAAUAUUUCAAAGAAAAAAGGAGAUAAUAAUGCCUGCAUUGUAAAACAUAGAGGUGCCAAAUAUGAAGCAGUACUGAUAACAGAAAAAGAGAAAAAAGAAGAACUGAGGGUACUUCAAGAUGAAAUGGUUGGACAGCUAAAAUCAGUAAAGAAAUCUGUAAGCGAUAAUAAUUUCACUGAUUCGAAAAUUGGAGAAAAAUAUGUGGAUAUGGACAGACCAUCUACUUCCUCCAUCAACCAUAAAUAUGUUUCCUCCGUUGUUAAAAAAGAUGAAGAAAGUAGUGAUGAAGCAAUUCAAGAGCAAAGAGAAGAACAGAGGAUUCUUCAAGAUGAAACGCUCGAACAAAGAGAAUCAGUAGAAAAAUCUAUAGGCAAUAAUCAUUCCACUGAUUCAAAAAUUGGAAAAAAAUAUGUGGAUAUGGAAAGACCAUCUACUUCCUCCAUCAACCAUGAAUAUGUUUCCACCGUUGAGGGUAGAGAUGAACAAAGUAGUGAUGAAGCAAUUCAAGAGCAAAGAGAAGAACAGAGGAUUCUUCAAGAAGAAACGCUCGAACAAAGAGAAUCAGUAGAAAAAUCUAUAGGCGAUAAUCAUUCCACUGAUUCAAAAAUUGGAAAAAAAUAUGUGGAUAUGGACAGACCAUCUACUUCCUCCAUCAACCAUGAAUAUGUUUCCACCGUUGAGGGUAGAGAUGAACAAAGUAGUGACGGAGCAUUUCAAGAGAAAAUAAUUAUAGAAGAUAUAUUGCUUAAUCCGCGGAGAUCGCCAGAAAAAUCUCUAGUCUAUGAGGAUUUCAAUGAUUUUUCAAUUGGAACAGAAUAUGUGGAAAUUAACCGAUCAUCUACUUCUCUUAUGAAGAACUUCGAUGAUACUGUUUUCUCCACUGUUUGUGGAGAGGAGGAAGACAGAUAUGCAGAAUUUCAAGAUAAUAGUACCAUGGAAGCUUCAGAUAUGAAUGUUGACAAAAACAAACAGAGUAUUAUGCAACAUCAUGGAAUACCAGUUCAAGUGGAACCUGAAGAUGAGAUAGAAUUAUCAGUUUAUGGAGACAAUUCUGAUGAUGAUUCAGAUUAUAAUUUAUCUACUUAUUCAGAAACGCAAUCUGAUAACUCACGAGAUGGCAGUCGGAGCUCAACACCAUGUUCCUUUCUAUCUGAAAUGGAUCUGAAUAUUGAGGAGAAAACGCAACCGAAUGAGUCCAAUAAUAAUUCCCUCUCGAAAAGCAUCCAAGUUCAUUUAUCUGCCUCGUUAAACGAACCAGGGUGCGAUGAUGAAAAUAUGAUGGUAACUGAGUCCCGCGGAAGAAAAGGAGACAAGAAGGCAAAUUUUUGUUUCUACUGCCAUACGAAACAGCAAAAAAUCUCACGACACCUAGAGAAUAAACACAGCGGUGAGGAGGAGGUGAAAAAAUUUAUUAUGUUACCAAAAGGUAACGUAGAAAGGGCCAAGAUUAUUGGUCAGAUAAGAAAAAGGGGAAAUUUCCUUUUUAAUACGAAUGAGAAUUUAAAUGAUGGUGAGCUGAUUGUGGCGCGACGGCCUAAAAGCAGCAGGAAUAAAAGUGGUAGGGAUUACAGUGCAUGUGCAAACUGUAAGGGAUUUUUCUCAAAAGCCACCCUUCGAGUGCAUUUCAGAUCCUGCACAGGCAUUGAUUCCGACAUUAAAAGAUUGCCAAAUUUGCUAAGUAAAAAAAUCACAUCAAGAAUACAUCCUAUGGCAUCAAUAACUGUGAGAAAUCAUUUAUUCCCACCGCUGAGGGAGGAUGAUGUAUGUAGAGCAAUCAGAUAUGAUGAACUCAUCAUCAUUUAUGCUAACAAAAUGGUGGAAAAAUAUAGAGAACCGAGACAUUUCCAAAUGAUAAGGCAGAGAUUACGAUUAAUUGGUAAUUUCCUCAUUAAAAUGAAGGCACUGAGUAAGGAAAUAAAUAAUUUAGCCUCUAUAUAUGACCCAAAAUUUGUAGACAUGGUUUUAUCUGCUAUAAAUAUGUGUGCCCGGUACACUGAAACUACGAACUGCUUCGAAGCUCCUUCGGUAGCGUUCAGUUUGGGCACACUGCUGAAGCAGAUUGGCAAUUUAUUAAUAACAGAGUGCAUUAAAAACCACAAGGAAGAAAUGCGAAAAAAUGCUAAAUAUUUCUUGAAAGUUUUCGCUCAAGAAGUGAACAUAAAUGUAAACAGAACUGUUGCUGAAACUCAACUGAAAAUGAGUAGAACAAAAACAGUUAUGCUACCCACAAUGGGCGACAUAAAAAAACUCAGCGACUAUUUGACCAAGAAGAGAAAAGACGCCCUUGAGAAAUUGAAAAUUUGCUUCUCGUCAUUGGCCUGGAUAGACUUAGCAGAGGCAACGCUAACGUCUAUCCAGGUUUUCAAUAGACGACGCGCUGGAGAAGUCGAGAGAAUUAGCAUUACCGAAUUUGAAAAAUACGAAACGAUUGAGAGAAGUAAUAAUGAUCUAUUUCAAUCACUUUCAGAGAAAUCAAAAGAAAUUGCAAAAAAAUAUGUUCGAUUCACUAUAAGGGGCAAGUUGAAUCGGACGGUUCCUGUUCUAUUGGAUACUCAUUUAUGUGAGUGCAUCCAAUUAAUAAUAAAAAACAGAACAAAUAUGAGGGUCCACAAGAGUAACCCUUAUGUAUUCGGUACACCAGGGUCGGAUACAAAAAAGCAUCCACAUCUGAGUGCCUGCACUUUGAUGAGGAAAUUCUCUGAAGCUUGUGGUGCUGAGCACCCGACAAGACUACGUGGCACCAAUUUGAGGAAACAUAUAGCCACUACGUGUAUUACUUUGAAUCUUGAAAAUCAAGACGUAGUGGAUUUGUCGAACUUCAUGGGCCAUUCGGAGAAGAUACACAAGGGCAUUUAUCGUCAGCCCAUUAUAAGUAGGGACAUUUUGGGCAUUUCACAACUCCUGCAAACAGCUCAAGGAGAAAAUGAAAAUGCAAGCAGUGAUGACUCCGAAAAUGAGGUUGUCAAUGAUGAAGAACCAAUUCCUACAAAUGAAAUCAAUUCAACAGGAGGAACUCCAAAUCUUAGUGGGGGGAAUAGGAGGAAUUCCAGCAAAGCCCAUACCCUAUCUGGCACCCUCAAAAGAGUGAGGUGGACCCAAGAGGAGAAGGAUGCUAUUUUCCGUAUUUUCGGAGAAUAUAUGAAUAGAAAAGCUCUACCUCCUUUGAAAGUGAUACAAACAGUGAUAAAAGAAACUCCUGUUCUUCAGAAUCGCACGUCACCACAAAUAAAGACAUGGAUUCACAAUCAGCUGAAGGGCUCCAAGAAGAAACUUUCAUUUUCAAACUGAAUAUUUGUGAUAUUUUUAAUUUAUACAUAGUCAUUCGUUUUUAUUCAUAUUUAUUUAUUUUUUCAUAUAUUUAUUUACUUUUCAAGAAAGUUGUUUAUGUUUCUUCAUUUUCAUUCAUUUAUUUUCAUUUAUAUUUGUUCGUUUUAUUUAGAGAUUUAUUUAUGUUCCUUUGAAAUUCAUUUAUUUGUAUUCUUAAGAUUUUUUCAAGAUGGUGUUUCUUUCGAAACACUUCAUUUACAAUUGAAGUUUAUUAUUUUUCUUAAUCAAAAACCAAAGAAAAACCGAAUAUUUUAUUGUCACCAUAUUUUUAUGCCUUCAACUGGAAAUUCCUAACUAGAUAUUACAGAAGAACUAGGUCGACUAGAAAUUUGGAAAUGGAGAUUAGAAUAUUUAUCAUUCCUGGCUCUUUCGUACAUAUAGAGAAGAUAUUUAAAUUUGAAAAGAAUUAUGAUUCCCUUGACUUCCUCAUUAUUUAAAAUACUUUACCCAAUAAUUUAACUUCACCUUAUUUUUAUGACCUUUAACUGGGAAUACUCAAGUUCAAUCAAGAAGUUACUGAGGAACUGGGUCGACUAGAAAUUUGAAAAUUGAGAUUAGAAUACUUUCUCAAUCUAGGCUCUUUCGGUUAUACAGAGGAUCAAAAAAAUGUUCAUAACGGCGACCCCCCCCCAAUUUAAAGGCUAGGAUCGCCCUUGUCAUAAAUGCAAUUUCUGUAACGAAACUACAAUGAAAUAUAUUUUCGAAAAUAAAAUAAUCCUCAUAUUAAGA